UCUCUCUCUCUCUCUCCCCCCCCCCCCACUCCUACUUUUUCCAGUCUUUAAUGUCUGCUCCAGCCGUGAAAUACAAUCCCCCAUACAACAGAUUCUUGGGUCGGUGCUUGAUAAGCAUCUAAGCCCCUCCACACCCUUCCCCUCUUUUCCUUGCUGUCAAAAAAAGCUGCAACCUUUAGGAAAACCCAUCACCGGCCUUUGUUCCACUCUGCCAAGGAGCCGUCUUCCGGUGCUGGCAUGGAAAAUUGUGAUUCGGGUCAUUGAGAUUUUCCGAGUCUUGAUUGGUUUCCAGCAGAGGAUUGGUCUGGGGCCUCUCUUGGAUGGGAGUGGAAGAGAGGCUACAGAGCUCACUGAUGAUUGAGUUAUUGGGAUUUUUGUCUCUUCUUUUGCUUUUUUGACAAUAGGUGAUGACGGAGUUCUAUUGGAAUCUUAGCAUUGAAUGUUGCUUAGCAUCAUGAUGAGCUCUGUUUGGUGAAGUUAUUGGGCUGUGAUCAAGAGCUUAGCUGGGUGUUGUGUCUUUGAAGAGAAGGAUCAGAUGCCCGUUUGAGGUUGCAUCAUGGACUUUACUGAGGUGUGCAUGUGAAAAGAAGAUGAAGGCUUUUUGAUGCCUUGCCCACAGAAGAAUAUGAUACCAUAUCCGGAGCUUAGCUUUAUCUUACCCUUUUGAAAGCUUCAAGCCUUCAACUUGGAAUUUGUUGGGACAUUGCAGAAGGAUCCCUCUUCUUGUUCUUUCGGUCGAGUUCCAUUGAUUCUUAGCCUCAGGUUUUCAGAGUAUUUGGGAUUACACAAGCUGCAUAAGAUUGUGGGAAUAAAUUCAUCAUGACUAAACCGUCUCAGAGGCGUCCUGUUCGGUAUGAUCAGUCGGGUUGUAUGUGGGGCCUGAUUAGUAUUUUGGAUUUCCGCCAUGGAAGCAGAUCCACUCGGAGGCUUCUCGCUGAUAAAAGGCGUGCAAUGAGGCAAACGUUUGAUGAAGGGGAUUCGGGGGACAAGCCCAAAUUAUUGACUGAUGUGGAGGAGAAUCUUCAGAGCAACCUCGGGGGUGAAGAAAGCACCGUACUUGCUGGUGCUGAUGUUCCUGCUAAUAAGCCAAGCGUGAAAACUCUCAUAGAGGAAGAAAUGGUGAGCGAGCAGCACACGGGAACAAAACCAAGCGAUUCUAAAUUACAUAAUGAACAACACGAAGAUCGCAAGAAGAAGAAGAAUCGGAAAAGAAGUAAGAGAAACUCCAGAGGAAGCCUCGAUAUGGAUGUUGGUGAUUUAAACGAUGGCCAUGAGAGCUUGAAUUCCUCCAGAUGCCCUUGCAAUCAUACUCCUGAUGAAGGCUUAGCAAAUAAGCAGAAUGGUAAUGAUAUAGUACUGGAAGAGUUCUGUAACCAUAUAAAUCAGAGAGGGAUUAGCGAAGUUUCCUUGGAGCUGAAGCGGAAGGACUCUGAUCUUGAUGUUAAAGAGAAAUUGCGUGAAGCAAUCAAGGAGUUCAUAUCUCGAGAGGUUGCGAAAGAGAAGAAUCUCGUUGAGAAUGGGAGAAUUAAUUUCUCCAAAGAAGUGGUGGACGCGCUUCAGAUUCCAAAUUUGAAUGAAGAAUCGUUCCUUAAACUCCUGCAAGAUCCGACCUCGUUCCCUAUGAAAAGCACGGAAGCUUUGGAUUCAUGUAAGGAUGAUAAAUUAAACGAUUCUGAAGAGCUGGUCAAUAAUAAUCAUAACAGUAAACACCGCAAGCUCUUCAGGAGGCAAGUAAAGUCUCCUGAGACAAAGCCCCAGAAGAAGGGCCACAAGGGGCCUGAUUCCGAUACAAUUGUUAUUCUCAAGCCUGGGCCCAGCACAUUGAAGAGCUGUGAAACAGAGGGGGGACCCGACUCUAUAUCUGAUUCGUCUAGGCGCCAGCAGGCUGAGAGGGCAAGAUCUUAUCUUUUCCUCGAGGAGAUUAAGAGAAGGUGGAAAAAUGUCAUGGGAAAGGAGCAGAAUUCUGAUACUGUGGUAAAGAGACCGAGUUUUAGAUACGGGGGAGAAAAUCCUGGGAAAAAGUCUCCAAGCAAAGAUCAUUUCUACAUUGAGAAAAUUGCAAAGCCAAGAGACUUGAAAGUGAGUACUGAGUCAGGAACUGUUGGCAGCUCCAAGCAAAGGGUGCCGGACAUUUAUAUUGAAGCCAGGAGGCACCUCUCGGAGAUGCUGAAUUAUGGGCACGAAGAGGCGAAUUCUUCUUCAGGAGCGAAGUCUCCGAAAACCCUAGCCAGGAUUCUCGCGCUCUCGGAGUUCAACUCUCCCGUCCCCAGCCCAGGAAGGAACUGGGAGCGUAGCUUUGUGAUGGCACAAAGGAGAUUCUCGGGACAUAAUAAUAAUCAGUCCGAAAAGUUUGAUGAGAAUGCUGAGCAACAGAUGGAAGAAAAUAAUGGGAGUUGUCUGAAGGAUUCAAUGCAAAAUGCAGAAACUGAACCUAGCAAUGUGGAGACUCGUGAUGUUGAAGAUGACUUGUCCGCCGCUAGAAAGGACAUGGCAUCUGAUGCUAAUGCGGGGGAUAUGAUAACGAGUAAUGAAAUAACACAAGAAGAAUGCAGGGGUAUAGCUCCUACCUAUGAAUGCAUCGAGAGAGCAUCUGGAACUUCUAAGCAAGAUGAAGAGACAGAAAACCCUGAAACGGAAUCUCUUCGUGGUAAUCAACUCCCAUCAUCUUCGUUUGAAUCCCCACCGAGCUCUUCUAUUACAAAGACUGUCAAUGCUUCAGAAAUUUUGGGGGACAAACCUGAGCGACCGAGUCCCGUAUCUGUUCUUGAGCCUCUGUUCACGGAGGAGGACCUAAGCCCUGCAAGAACCGCGGUCCGAUCUGUUAAGCUACCGAUAGAGCAGCUAGAGAUCAAGUUUGAAGAUGGGGACAACUUCACCCCUAAAAAACGGGGUAACGUCUCUAAAAGCCGCACAGAGGCAGAAGAAGAGGAGGAAACAUUGAUCUUGUAUAUAAGAUCAGUUCUGCGAGCAUGUGGACUGAACUGGAAUGAACUUUAUCUUAAGUCUCAAUCUUCCGAUGAGCUUCUUGAGCCUUCCUCGUAUGGAGAAGCUGAUUUCUUUUGCAACUGCCCUCAGUAUGACCAGAAUCUCGUGUUUGACUGCAUCAAUGAGGUUCUCCUCGAGGUAUGUGAUGACUAUUUCCGAUUCUGCCCACGGGUAUCUUUCGUAAAACCGAUCAUCAGGCCCAUUCCCGAUUUAAAAGAUGCCAUUCAUGAGGUGUGGGAACGAGUUCGUUGGCAUCUUCUCCUUAUGCCGCAGCCCCAAACAUUGGACCAGAUUGUCCGAAGAGACAUGGCUAAGGGUGACAAGUGGAUGGACCUCAGGCCGGAUACUGAAAGCAUUGGUUUUGAGACGGGUGAUGAGAUCCUUGAUGAUUUGAUCGAGGACUAUGUUGGCGAAAGUCUGGAGAGCUUGUAUGCUUCUAGUUUUGCCGAAGUAAUAGAAAGUGGGGACAAUACCGGCUUGUAAAUCUGACUUGUCAUCUUCUGAUUCUCAUUAAUGACUUGACACAUGAUGCCAAUUGGAUAAGAGGACUUCUAACUGAAGCAGUUUCACCCACAGGAGGCUCCCCUGAGAUGAACUUCUCCGACCCCAGACUCAAAAUCCUAACAGAGAGAACUAAUGUGCUCUGCCCUUAAUACAUUAUAACUUGUAGAGGUUCAGGCCCUUUCUUCGGGUCUUGUUGAUAGCAGUCUGUUGAGUUUGUGUAUUUUGUUCCUAUAACGAUAUCAGCCGGCUUCUUCUUUUGCCCUUUUUUGUGUUUGCUUUGAUUAAAUUCUUGUUUUGCACACUUAGUUUUUUUCUCUUAGAGUUGUGGCUGCAUUUGCUGCAGCAUUUGGAGUGAUGAUGCUUGUGACAUUUUAGAAUGUUGUCAUAAAAGAAAGAAAAGAGCUGAGAUUGCACAUGGAGAGUUACUCUGUUCAUGCA